CGAUCGACGCCCAUCGCGAGAGCAAACCAAAAAAAGGAGGUUUCACGCGAUCAUCACGGCCGUCGUGCCAUGGCAGUGCGCGUUCGCCCGUUGAAACUGCCAACCUGGAGGAGUUUUCUGUCCAGGCCGACGACCAGCGCAAUCGACCGGGUCGGAGCACGAUGGACGCCUUCCCUGUGGCCCCAGGUUCGAGGCUUCGGUGCGGUGGGUCAAGGGGUGCAGGUCCACCGAAGGCCUGUCCGCUCCGUGAACUUUGCGCCCGACGGGCAGCGGCUCUGCACGGCCUCGGAGGACGGCACCGCCAAGGUCUUCGACCUGUCCACGGGGAAGUUGCUCAAGGAGGUGGACCACCACAAUACGAUUUGGUGGGCCGACUUCAGCCAGGAUGGGCAGAUGCUGGUCACCUGCUCCGACGACCGCUCGGUCAGGGUCUAUGACUGCUCGCGCUGGGAAUUGCUGGACGCGGGGACGCGCGUUCGUACGACGGGCGUUUACGCGGGCGUUGUUUGCGCCGUGUUCGAAGGGUUGGAGCGGAACUGGGGUGAGACGAAACCACUAAAGACCACUUUGGGAUUUGGAUUCUGUGC